GUUCGCUGGAAUCCUGCGCGAGAGGCACGCAACGUCGGGGUCCGACUGCUAUCGUCUCCACCAUCACAGUUGGCGGUGAAUACGCGUACGAGAGAGAGAGAGAGAGAGAGAGAGAGCAAUCAAGCGAAAGUGUGUGCGAGAGCGAGUACGGAAAUCGAAUGUGUGAUGCUUUUUUUUCCCCUGUAUUGUGAACCGGUAACCGGACACUAUUUCGAUUGCAAGUUUUCAAAAUACGCAACUGCAGAAGGUACUUAGUGGACGGUACAAAGCGAACCACCGUGUGACACGAGCUUUGUGUGUCUGACUGUGUGUGUGUGUGUGGGUACAGAAAGUUCUACACAACUAUCCCAUCGAACGCACGAACGCACGCAUCGUUCGCUCGCUGCGUGACUGUCGCGCGUAUCAGGAAACGUCAAACAAACGAACAAAAGCAGAGAAAAAGGGAAUAAAACAACCACCGGCUCGUUGGCUGCUGCAUCUAUUUCGAUCACCGUGAAAGGGGUGCAAACGUACGCGUGAGUGUGUGUGUGUGUAUGUGUGUGUGUAUGUGUGCGUGCGCGUUUCGUGAAAACGGGCACCAUUCUCGUGGUGUGCGAGAGCAGCAUUGUGCUGCGGCUGUGUGCUUUUGUACCGUCAGUGGCACACGCAGGCAAAAAAGCACGAAAUAAUGGCGUCAUCUCACGCACACACACCGCACGACACGGUAAGAAGCAACGCAACCCAACUACGAACCCGCCGUGCCGUUGGGUGGUAAUGUCGUGAGCUGCACGUCAAACGGUAUUGGUUCACCUGGACCCCGGGCUGUUUUAAUACUGUAAAGAACGCUUACAAAACACUCAGUGACUGAAAAACGCUGUAAUGUCACAGUGAGUGACAAAAGUUCACCGUGAAGAAAUCCGGAAGGAAAAACGAAAAAGUUUACAAAUAAACCUUCAACAUGAACGACGCCGUGGUCGGUACGCUCGGUACCGGCAGCAUCCUGACCGGAGGAGACUCCCCGGAAGAUUCGCCCUUGAGCCCAACGACGGGCGGCAGCGGAAGCGAGAGCAGCAACUCACCGAGCGCACCCUCGUCCAUUUCCUCCUCGACCAGCGGUUCGUCGGCGUCCACCUGCGAGGCAUCGUCACCACCGGCCGUCACCGCACAACCGGCACAGGUGCUGUACAUGCCCGUCGGACUGGCCAACAUCAAGGAGGAGCUGCCGGAACCGGAAAUACAGGCUGAUUCAGAACUAUCCUUGGAGGAAGGUCACGCCUUGGUCCAGGUCCUUGAAGACACACCGAACGAUGAGGCGCCUCCGCCGGAACCGGAGGUGGAGAUACGAGCCGGCAAGCCGGACAAAUCCUUCCGCAAGCUCACGUCCGAUGGCUAUUCGGCAAAGUCGGCCGUUGUUCGGCUGCAGAUGGGCAAGGUAACCUACCAACUGACGGACCAGAUGAUCAAAGCCGGUGCCCUGGCUGCCAUGCACAAUCCGCUGCUGCUCACGAAGGAUCAACUCGAGCGGAUGAUUGCCGAGAAGGAUCCCGAACUGGAGUACCGGAAGCACCACAACAACAAUAGCACCUGGCAACGCUAUAUGCCGAUGUACUAUAAAGGCAUAAAGCAAAACUACGUGCGGUGUCUCGAAUGUGGUUGGCUAGUGCUCCAUAAGGCAAGCACCGGAACUGGGAGUUUGCUGCGCCAUCGUUGCAAGAUCAAGGUGGCAGGCGUGGAGGUAAAGCUCGAACCGAAGGUAUCCAGCAGCUGGAACAACACUCAGGCCAAACCGGCAUCCAUGGCAAAAUCGGCAGCGGCAGCGGCGGCGAUGGCGGCCAUUACAAACAAAGUCCAACCGUCAGCAACUCCGCCGUCGACGACGUCCAUAACGACCCCACCGCAAAUGGUCAAGUGCGGCAGUGGUGGAACGCCACUGCCACAGAACGUAAAGGACGAGCUGGUGCGGCAGCAGGCAUGCGUACUGUACAAAGACAUCGUUAGCGCGGAUCUGUUCGAUCAUCCAAGCUUCCGAACGCUCGCCCAGAUGCUGGUCAAUAUCGGUGCGUUUUACGGCCAGCAGGCGGACGGGUUGCUCGCGUCCCGUGACGCACUGCUCGAAACCGUACUGCCGGCCAUGUACCACGAAGCGAAGGGACAACUCAACAAGGUGCUGUCCGACUGCGAUCUCACGUUCAGCUUCAGUCUGUUCCGGCACGAGCACGAACGGCGUAGCUAUGUAGCCAUCAACGCGUACACGGUCGCUUCCGACUACUACUUCCGACCGCUGCACGUGAAAACGCUCGACGUAACCGGCCAGGAGACCGCAUACGUCGAACACCUGCAGCGCAUUAUCGAGGACAGUCUGGCACGGUCCUUUUCCGAACCGAUUAAGCUGGUGUACGGUGGACCGCCGGAAGCGGACGAUUGUACCGAAACGGAGAAAAACCUCCGGAACCAGCGCGAACAGUACGAGCUGGUACCGUGUGCGGUUACGAUGCUGUGGAGCAUUAUGAAGCGUGUGCUGGACAUGUUCCAGUGUGACAGUGGCCGGUACCUUGAGCGGUUUAUACUAAACCCGACUGUCGAAGACGAGGAUGAAACUGUGCCACCGGAACUCGCCGUUCUACAGCGCUUUCUCGAACCGUUCCGGGAACCCAUUCGUGGACUGUCCUCGGACACGGGUGUCACCAUUAGUGAGGUGGUCCUGUGGCGCAAAAAGCUCGAGCUUAGCUUCCGCCCCGAGCCGGAAGAUGAGGAAGAGGUACGGUUGCUGAAGGAAACGCUACUCGGACAGCUGAGGACACACUUCCCGCUGCACGAUUACCAUCGGAUAGCGGUGUUUCUGGACCCAAAGUUUAAGGGUCUGCGGUUUUUGGCUGACGACGAGCGGGAUGAAACGCUUGCCAAGGUGAAGCAGCACCUGCACGCUGAUCUCGAGGGCAUUGAGCGCGUUAAGCGGGGCCAGUACGGCACGCACGGGGUCCGCAAGCGGCGCAGCUCGCUUCCACCGUCCGAGCUGCGGUUUUACGAGUUUAUGGACGCGUCGCUGAAGCUCGAGUGCGACGACGUGGUGGACGACGAGAUGCAGCAGUACGUGGACGUGAAGCUGGAGAGUGCGGUCGACAUCAUGUCGUACUGGCGGAACGAGACGGCGUUCCCGCUGCUGAAGCGCCUUUGCCGGCGCAUACUAAACAUUCCUGCGGCCUGUGAUGAGAUGAGGCAGCUGUUCGGUCAGACCGGGCAGCGUGACCUGCAGAAGCGGCGGCUUGCGUUAAGCGAUCGCGAGCUGGAUAUGGUGAUGUAUCUGCACCAGAACGUGAGCAGUCCGUGAAGGAUGCUGGGGGUGGGAAUCGAGAUGAGAGAAUAAAGUUUAUAUUUAUUAAUUUUUAA